CACGGCCCGGUUCUUCGUUCCCUGAAGAAUAAUUUCUGGUGAUAUUAACGCUGCUUAUCCUAUAAGAUAACCUGAGGACAUCUCUUUUAUAGCGCCAAAGAAUAUUGCCAUCAGGAGCCGUGGAAUGUUGAUAACAAUUUCACAAGUGUCAGCAUCAAACUGUUAUUGAUUUAUGUAACCCAGAUCAGAUAAGAUCUUAUCAGCAAGAUAAGGUUUUUGUUUUUUCCUCUUCACCGCCGCCAUUUCGCCGAAACGAUAUCAAGAGCCCCGUGCAGAAUCGCACUUCUCUCGUUCGUGCGGCAGGGGGCUUUCUAAGCUCGAGUCCUUUCUUUUUUUGCCCAUUGAUUUUUGCUUAUACUCUUUUCUAUUGCGCCCUUCAGUUUUUGUCUUGCUUGCAGGGGUUUUCGCAUCCCUGAUUCCCCUGCCGCCACCAUGGCGGCUUCAAUCUCCGGCAAUCGAGAUCUCCCUCCUUCUAGACAUGAUCUGAGGACAUACUGGGGUAGAGUUAAACAGGCUGCAGAAAUUUCGGACCCUAGGACGUUAUUUGUCUCUUCCGCUGGCCUGGAGAAGGCUAAAAACCUCAUUGCCUCAUAUAAAAGUGGCCAUGUCCCGUCAAUGACACCAGAGCUAUGGCGGGCGAAACGAAUUGUCGAUUCGACUUUGCACCCUGAUACUGGUCAACCAGUCUUUCUCCCUUUUCGCAUGUCGUGCUUCGUCCUGUCCAAUCUAAUCGUGACUGCAGGAAUGCUUACUCCCGGCCUCGGUACAAGGGGUAUAGUUCUCUGGCAGGUUGCCAACCAAUCUUUAAACGUAGCCAUCAACAACGCGAACGCAAAUAAGUCAACCCCGCUCUCCUACUCCGCCAUGGCGAAAUCAUACCUCAUGGCCGUCUCCGCCUCGUGCUCAGUCGCCCUGGGCCUAAAUGCCGUAGUGCCCCGCUUAAAACGGGUGUCGCCCAACACAAAAUUGAUCCUCGGUCGCCUCGUGCCCUUCGCGGCCGUCGCCACCGCCGGCGCCCUGAACGUAUUCCUAAUGCGCGGCGAGGAAAUCCGCAAGGGAAUCGACAUCUACCCCGUCCUCUCCGACGAAGAGAAGGCGAAACGAGAAGCGGACGGAGACGUGGAGGUGCAAAGUCUAGGGAAAAGCAAGAAGGCCGCUACGUUAGCGGUAGGGGAAACGGCGAUUAGUCGAGUGCUCAAUGCGACUCCGGUCAUGGCUAUUCCCCCCUUGAUUCUCGUACGACUGCAGGCGAAGCAUUGGCUCAAGGCGCGGCCUCGGCUUGUGAUGCCUAUCAACCUAGGCUUGAUUCUAACGACCUCCCUCUGUGCACUUCCAUUCGCACUUGGUGCAUUCCCGCAACGACAAGCGGUUAGUGCUCGGUCCCUGGAAAAGGAGUUUUGGGGCCGCGGUGGGAAGGACGACGAAGUUGAAUUCAACAGGGGUAUAUGAUCUUCCUCUUCGACUAUCCCGAAAAAAAUUCCCUUUCGAUAUCACUGUUUGUUUUUAUGCCAUCUCGAUUUUAGAUUCUUUCUUCCUCUUCUCUUUUUCUGGUUACAUCCAGCUGGGCGUCUAGACGUGUGGGUUUCUUGAUAUUUUUCUUGCCUUUUUUUUUCCCGAACUAUAUAGUGGCAUAGAUGUUCAAUAUAGAUGUCUAGAUUUGACUGAUUCGGGUUACAUAAAAUAUUGCUUCUUUCUCCCUUCAUUUUCCUGCUUCUCGAUAAACUUUUGGAUCUAUUUAUUCAUCUGCCCUAAUUACACUGUUACCAUCUUGUUAAACAGAGGCUGGCGACUAUUAAAAAAAAAAAAAAAAAAAAAAAAAAAAAAAAAAAAACUUACAUGUCUAUUUUAUCGCGCAGGGGAAACGCAGGGGAAACCACGCAACUCCUCCCGUGUACUCGUUCCAGCUGCUGGCUCUAGAAGGCAGGAAAGAGGACGGAAAAGGGACAAUCAAGCGCCCAAAGGGAUCGGAGAUAUGUGGUCUCUUCCACAGUUAUGGCAACGUCUGAACCCGAACUUCCCGCUUCGUUCACUCCAGCAGGAGCCUCCCAAAAAUAUUUGUCCUCCGUCAGAAUAACAGAACACCAAAAAGAAGCAAAAGAGAUUACUGUACUCAUCCAUAGGCCACAAGAUACCUACAGGCUCCCGGCGGACUUGAUUUAAAUAUGUUAUCCUUUCCAGUCAUGAAGGAGUGAAUAUCUGUACAUGUUAGCUUCCUUUUAGUCGCGCAUUUUACAGGGGCGAGAGAGAGCACUGUGCAGGAAUACUGUGGUCAGGCAUUUUAAUAUGAAGAACUAUUAAUGGGCGCUACGAGGGUAUAUUGGACGAUGUAUGAGUGUACAGUAGUAGAUAGUAGAGUAGUAGUAGUAUAGUAUGGCUAAUGACCGGCAUGUCCAGAUGUCGUAUUGUAAUGAGCAGAUUGAGUUUAGGAUCCAUCCGACUUAUUAAUAGCUGGGUAUUUUACAUAUGAACCAGGAGAAGACUCAUUCCUUUUUCAAGAUAAAAGGAGGUUGUUGUUGUUGCUCCAGCAAUGAAAAAAACCUGGCGAAUUGUCAGCAGUGUAACAACACAACCCUACCAUUUAA